AUGUCCGCAUCGUUCACACCCGCCGCAGGCCCGCCAACGUUACAUCCGGUCCGGAGGCAAUCUUCUCCGCCUCCUGCAGUAACCUCGGCAAAUGUUGGGACUAAUACUCAGCCGCCUUCUCCGCCGAUGACGAUUGGCACGACGGCGUUUCGCCGUGACCCUGUGCAGAGGCCGUGCGCAUCCGUGCGCGAAGCCGAGGAGAAAUAA